CUCCACGAUCGUUAAUGAAGGUAAGUGCUGCCACAAAGUGUAUCUGCAGGUAUUCACUUCACAGAAAAAGAACACAGCUGUAGAGGCAGAUGCCCACUGCAGUUCAACUAUAUUACUCUCCGCAGAGGUCUCUCUCUCUCUCUCUCUCUCUCUCUCUCUCUCUCUCUCUCUCUCUCAGUCAUCCUCUCCCGCCGUGCUGCUGAGCCUGCGACGUUAGCAGUGGAUGAAAAAAAAAAAAAUCUCUCCAAUUGCUUCGGCCAACGGACGCAUCAUUUGGAAGGGAAAUAAGUGAAGGCCCAGUUGUGUCUCCUGUAACCCUGGCAACCUCAAUCACCUACCAAACUUGGAAACAACAUCCCACCCCAGAAAAUCUUCAUAAAGGAUACACAGCAGAGUGGCCAGACAAGAGAAAGGAGCACAUUUGUGUCUCGAUACAAAUAACCGAGUAGUCAGAGGAGGCAAAGAAGAGAGAAAACAGGAAUCCUGCUCUCAGAGUGGUGAGGAGAGAUUGGUUGCUGCGCAUAGGUAUCAGCCAAAGCUGGAUGACCUCAUAGCCUUACAAGAUUCUCUCUCAUUCCAAGGGUCCAUCCAUUUGGGUCAUUCACAUUUGCCGUCUAAGAAGAGACUAUGAAGACAAGCUGUGUCACCCCACAUUGCAGCCCAACAAGAUAUGACAUAACAUGGGUCCCCUGCUAAUCACCAUGAUGACCAUAAAGCUGUGACUGGCAGUGUGAAGCCUUCACCCCUUUUUCAGCACCCAACCUGCACCCUUCUCCUCUUUGGAAAUCCUUCCCAGCAACCCAGCAGCAAGCUUCCCUUUCCUUUCUCCUGCAAACACAACCUCUACUUUUCUCUACUUAAUAAUCCCAGCUUCCCCUCUGCCUCAUUUCUUUUAAUUGGCAUCAUGCAGGGUGCUUCUACCGUCUCCACUCUCCUUGUGCUUAUUUUUCCCUCCUUCCUAUUCUUCUCCCACUUUCCCAAUAUGGUCAGUGGGGACUGCUGGCUCAUUGAGGGAGACAAAGGCUAUGUGUGGCUGGCUAUCUGCAGUCAGAACCAGCCGCCGUACGAGACUAUCCCCCAGCACAUUAACAACACGGUGCAUGACUUGAGAUUGAAUGAGAACAAGCUGAAAGCUGUGCUCUUCGGGUCUAUGUACCGCUUCACCAACCUGACUGACCUCAACCUCACCAAGAAUGAAAUCAGCUAUAUUGAGGAUGGAGCCUUUGCUGGACAAGCCAACCUACAGGUUCUUCAGCUGGGCUACAACAAGUUGACAAACUUAACUGAGGGUAUGAUGAGAGGGCUCGGCCGCCUGCAAUGCCUCUUCCUGCAGCAUAACCUCAUUGAGGUUAUUGCUAGCAAUGCAUUCUGGGAGUGCCCCAGUCUCAACAGCAUUGACCUGUCAUCCAACAAACUUGCUCGCAUUGACCCAUCCACAUUCACAAUUCUCAAUCGGCUGAUGGUGUGUGAACUGGCAGCAAAUCCAUUCCAUUGCGGCUGUGACCUUUAUAGCUUCCUAACCUGGUUGGAGUCCUUCAACAAUGUCACACACACCUAUGACCGCCUCCAGUGUGAGACGCCCCGUGAAAUGUUUGGCUUCCCCUUACUUACUGCUGCUGGCCACGCUGGUCGGAAUGCAAAAAACAUUUUGUAUCAUCACUGCCGAAAUGGAGUGAUGAUUCCAGGAAUGACCUCUCUCCCACCAGAUCUGGAUGGUCCAUCUGGGCUCGGACCAGAGAUGUUUGGUGGUGUGGGGCCAUACCACCAGCCUACCACCUCUUCCUCAUCUACUGAACACAGCUUCAUUCCCAGCAUCAAGCUCCACCAUGUCGCUUUGUCAUCAGCCUCUCUCCUUGUGCAGAUUCCAAGGCCCUACAGCAAAAUGUAUAUUCUAACACAAUAUAACCACACAUACGUGUCUGACGUCAUGAAUUUGAAGAACAAGAAGGAGAUGAUUACCCUCAAUAAGCUCAAACCACACACCAAUUACACCUUCUGUGUUGCAUCCAUCCGCAACUCUCAACGUUACAACCACACCUGUGUCCAGUUUUCCACUCGGGCUCAAAAUCUAGAUGACAUGCCCCCUACACCUUCCACCACAACUCACUAUAUAAUGACUAUUGUGGGCUGCCUUUUUGGCAUGCUCAUUGUUUUAGGCUUUGUCUACUAUUGUCUACGUAAGAAACGGAUGCAUGAUGAGAAGAAAAAGUCCAUAUGUGUCAAGAAAACUAUUCUGGAAAUGCGCUAUGGACCAGAGGUGGCAGCAGCAGUGGCUAAUGAUCCAUCGGCAGUCCACAAGCUACAAGAGCAGUCCAGAGAACAUCACCAGUAUCAGCAUCACCAUGGAGGCAAACUUCCCAUGUCCGCAUCAUCCAGCUCGGGAAUGCUCCACUCAGCCAACACUACUUCCUCCAGACUUUCCUCUAUCCCACAAGUAGAAAAGAUGGCCACUGCCUUUUCAGAGGCUUUGGCCACAAGUAAAGGAAAUUAUAUGGAUGUCAGAACUGGAGGGACAGGAAUGGAGAGGGUGGGAGAUGGUGGGCAUGGAGGGAUGAGGGGGGCAGACUUGAGGGAUGAUGAUGGAACUGAUGUUGGGGAUGACUCAGAUGAUGAUGGACACGGCUCUGCAUCAGAGAUUUCCACCAUUGCCAUGGAGGUGGACAAGGUUAACCAGAUCAUUAACAACUGCAUUGAUGCACUGAAAUUGGAUGCAGCAGCUGUUGCUGCUUCAGGGGCAUCUACAAACCCUACAGCCUCCUCCAAUCCCACCUCCCCUCCCCCCACCAGCACGUCUUCCCUUACUCGUGGCCUAAUCCCACUCUCACAAGGGUUGACAGAGACAUGCCAUGCUCCCAACAAAAUACCCCCUCCACCUCCACUCCCUGCUUUAAAUGCCCCUCUUUCUGAGCGCCCAGGGAUCAGUGGUGGUGGCUUUGUGGUCAGUCCCCCCUACAGGCCCCCUCCACCAGCCACUGCUGUACGUCCCAUUCAGCGACAAAUGAGUGCAGAUGCUGCUGUGGUUAUUGUAAAUGCCGUCAAAAAACAGUGCAGCACCACCUCUUGUGGCUCCAUGGGUCGGGACAGGGAACGUGGAGGAGCUAGGGUGUAUAGCCUGGAUGUUCCUGAGCCGAGGAGCCCAGAUGCCUGUAAUCAACAACAGCAGCAGUACCCUGACCGGGCAAGUCCUGUGGGCUGUGGGGAGCCCCUUGAGAGGCUGCCUUUAGUGGGGAGUGGGAGCUGCGGUGGAGGGGGUGGUGGUGGUUGCGACAGUGGUGGUGUUGGUGUCCAACAUCAGGACAGCCAGAAGCCACACCAUUAUCAUCAACAGCAACAAAUACAACAACAACAACAGCAGCAGCUGGAGGUGCAGCAGGACUACCACUGCUCGGAGCACCGCCACUCCGUCCCAGCUCUUUACUAUGAAGGCUCCCACCAGGGCUCCCCAGCCCAGAGAGUUUCCUUCCUAAAGCCCCUGACGCGCUCCCGCAGGGAUGCAGCAUCUUAUUCCCAGCUUUCGCCUGCCCGCCACCAUUCCAGUUAUUCUGGUUACUCCUCCAGCCCAGAGUACUCCUCAGAGAGCUCACUGCGGAUCUGGGAGCGCUUUCGUCCCUAUCGAAAAGGCCAGCGGGAUGAGGCUUGUUAUGUGACGGCCGGAAAUGCCCUUCGAAAAAAGGUGCAGUUUGCUAAAGGCGAGGACCUGCAUGACAUCCUUGAUUAUUGGAAGGGUGUGUCAGCACAGCAGAAACUGUGACUGGUGGACCAGACAUAAUCAUAGGGGAAAGAGUUUGGAUACCGCUUUUCCUGAUAGGCCUGUGGGCCAGAGAAAAAUGGGAAGAAACACAUAGGACAAAAUUUUGCCUUUGGGUUAUUUUUGGCAUGUUAGGUGUAUAAAAUAUUAGAGCAAGGACUAUGAAACUGUGCCUGGGAUAUGAGAGUCAUUAUGGUGUUUUGUUUUAAACUUCAUUGUAGCACCAUUUCUGGAUCAUUCUUAUUUUUUGUUUGUUGGUUAUAGCACAGUGAGCAAAUGCCAACUGUGUAAUUUAGUACUCUUUGAGUGAUCACGUUUUGUGAUCAUAUGGACUGUCUUUAUUAGUGCCAUGUUUCGAUCUAUGGUAAUCACCGAAGGUAAUUGUUGAUGUCCUUAAUUUUAAGCUUGUGUGAUCCAAGACCAAUUUUUUAUUUGGUGCUGUAUCAAUUUGCAGUGUGCACUUCGAUAUGUUUAGACUUCUAAGUGAAGGGAGACCAUGACGGGGUGACAACAUGCCAAUUAGCAAACAGAGUUGUCAAAUGUAGACCGUAUCUCUCUUUCAUGAGAUCAUUGAUGCAGCUGAGGUAUUUGUAUUUGAAUAGCAUCUGUUACAGAGAAAGAAAGGAUACAUUGGAAAGAAAUUAAUAAAAAAAUAACAUUUAGUUGCAGCAUAAAUAAAUCAUGAGAGAGAGAUUUAAAAGUGGAAACUUAGCCUGCUCUAAUGGCACCGUGAUAUGUAGACACCUCUUUCCAGCUAACAAUCUUACAUGAUUCAAUGAGUGGUGUAAAGAAUAUUGUCCCACAAGACCCAAACUGUCCUAAACAGCAUUUCCCCAAGUAAUGAUCAGAAUUGUAAGCGUAAUGGGGAGAAAUAAUGCUCCCAUUUGAAGGCAAUCAGAUGCUACUUACCUGUACAGUGGGGAAAUUUAGCGAAUAGACAGGUGAGCUCACACUUUCCCCGUACAAUAAGAAAGGAAAGAUGUGAUCCAUAUGUGACACAGACCAAGAGAAAUUGAAAGCAAGAUGGGGUAUAAAAGAAAAAAGGGAAGACAAGCAAAGAUAUAAAUAAUUUUCUGCAGCCACUGUGAAUGUAAGUAGAUUACAAGCAGGUUAAGGGGAAUUCUAUCUGCAUCAUUCAAUGUGAGCACCACAGUACAUUCCAAAUCCUUUCUCUAACAUGAAAACUGAAUGAGGCACAGAGGGAAAGGACACUUACAAUUACUGCCAAUGUGUCUGUUCUGUUCUGGAAAUGAAUACUAUUGUUGUCUAUUGAUAAUUUAAUUAGCCAACUUGUGACAGGCAUGUUCGCUUGCACUUUACGCCUCAUGACUGUGUGUGUGGCUGUGUGGUAUACUACAGUGGUCAGUGUAAAUGGGUGUUGGCAUGCCUUGUCAGAUUAUAUUGUAUAUGCCCAAAUUGACUUAAAUUAAUUGUCAAUAUCUUUCCCAUUGGCUGGAUGUCUGAGUUUAAACAAUACUAGAUUAUUAAUGGCAUGGACAAAUGUACAAAUAUCAACCAUGUUCAUUGUAUUUUCCCAGACUUACAUCACAUUGACUGUGAUGCUCAGAUAUACCACAGUAGCGCAGUGCCUCUUGCAAACACAGCCAUAAUCUAAUUUCCAUUUAUGUAUAGUACUAUCUGUCCACCUGGCCUCUUCUACUAAAAUUAUAUGAUUAUUAUUUUCCAAAAUAAUGUCACAGCCUGACAUUCUGACAAAUGGCAUUCUUCUUACCCACAGUGCUGUAUAGCUGUUGACAUUUUGCAUCAUCAGCAAACAUACACAUUCUAGAUAUCCUACCCUAAAAAUGUGAAAACUUAAUCAGUGGUCCUUGCUCCACAUUUUUUGUUCAGGGCUAUAUUCAAGAGAAAAAGAAGUUAGAGAAGCCCAAGUUUAAUUUCAAGAACAUUUUUAUCUCUCUUUUGAUCCUCACUUGUUUACUGUGGAUGAUGUUAUUUGGCCGAACCUCUCACCACCUCCCCUGUUCCCAAAGGUCCAAUGAGAUAUGGGUUUGGCAUGAGCAGAGUACUAAACAUGACUUGUUCUGUUUUAUUAAAAGAGAAAAGUGAGAAAUUGCCUUUAUUGCAGUCAGGGCUUGGGUCAGCACAGCACAUAUCGACACUGAUUUCCAUGGUUUUUUGAGCAGUUGAUUUUUAGCAUACACUUGACUCCUCUGAAUAAGGUUGAACAGGAAUGAGUAUACAAAGCAAGAUGGUGGUGUGUAAUGGUACCCCAAUAUUGAUCUAUGUUUUUCUUUCUCCCUCUUUGUUAUCAUAAAACAUCUAUCUCUGUCUUAUUUUUCUUGUUUUAUUAAGAUGUGUAACAAUCCAGGUCAGAGGUCAUAAACAUUGAAGUCAGUGUUCUGCCAUGAGUGUCUACAAUUGAAUGGACCACAUAAGAUCAAGAUCUUCAUCUCAGUCAUACGGUGUCUGAGAUGCAUCACCUCAUCCGCCUUCUUUAUAUGAUAAAGCAGCAUGUGAUGAACAUACAGUCUUGGAAAUUGUUCCCUGUUGAUCUCCUGUUAUCUGAGAUAAGAAGGUUUCCAAAGGAACUUGUUACUGUGAUUGACUCAGACUUCCACCAAAUCAGAGGAAAGGAUUUUUUUGCUGGUACCAUCAAGAGUACCAAAUUCCACAGAGGGAACUUGGUGUGCUUAAGUCCCCAGAUCCUCAACUGCCAUAACAUGUUUACAGAAAUGGACAUUGAGGAUAACAGCAAAUUCAGAAAUGUUCAGUAAUAUCAGGAUUGCUCAUCAUUUCAGCUGCCAUCUAUGUUCAUCUACCUGAUAAUGUAUAAUGUGACAGAAAAUCCUGAUUAUUACUGUUUUCAUGGAUGACAUUUAAUUUCAUAUAUUUUGUAUUUUAAAUAACAUUUAACACACUAAUGUAUUUUUCAGGAAAUAGAUUUUCAGGGGACAGAUGUACAUUCAGAUCAAGUGCUCUUCUGCUCAAAUUUCAUUCAAAGGUUUGUUUGAAUGAAUAUCUAUGAUGAUACUGGAUUACUGGCCCAACAGAGAACAUUUUUAAUGCUGGUGUGAGAAGUACCAAUCUUUCUACUGAUUUGGUGUUUUCACCAUUCAAACGAGUGCUUGCCGUAGGUGCAGGGGCUAUUCUGUUUCUCAUAAUGAAUAAUUACUUGAAAGCCUGCUGUCAAAGUACUGACAAGAGAGUUUUGCAAAAUGGAAAUGAAGACAAGUUUACACUGUCUUUAAGUCAGUGUUUCAAUUAAUUUCCAAAUAGCUUUAAAAACAACCCAUAUUGAAAAAGAGGCAGAGAAACCUUUUUUUAUAGUGGUCAUUUCUGCACUCCCAAAUAAACCCUUGCUGUUUAUUAUUACUUGCUCCCCAUAAGCGUAGCAACGAUUGGUGGUUAAGAUCAAACCAUUGGGUCAAUUGGACUUGGAACUUAAAGAUAACUAAUACAGUACACUUUUAUGUGGUGGUUAUUGUAAAAUCAGUUUAUUGUCACUCCACAGGAUUGAAGCUUUCACUAAAACAGAGAACAGUCUUGGGUAGUAGCCAGUUCAAGCUGAAAUACUAAAAACCACAACUUUUUCUCAAAAAAAUAAGCACUGUCAUCAUACCUGUUUUUUGUCCCACAAAGCUAGCAUCAAACAAAAAAGCCCUUCUCUUCCUUCUCAGCUCAUAUCCUUGUUGAACCCCUGGAGGAUGGCUCACCCGGAGAUCAAUGGUCCUUUUUGUUGCACCGUCCUUGUUGUUUGUCUCAGAGCAACAGGAAAGCCAGACGUGAGAAAGCCAUCUAAUGUGCUAUUAAUGUUUAAUCCUUUUGUGGGAGGCUGGCUCGGGUUGCUUCCCCUAUCUCUGUAUACCCCAGAAAAUCAUAGGAGCUUUCAGUUUCUAACAUAUUAAUCCUUUGAUGCUCUCUUAUAUUUAAAGUCUGGCCCAAUUAAACUAAACUGUAGUUUCUUGAAUGAUGAAUCAGAGACCAAAAUUGGAUGUGGGUUUAUAUCUAAUCAGUUUCAAAAUGACUAAAGAAGUUAAAUGCUUCCAUUAGUAAAGACCACAGUAAAAAAGGUUUCAGCCUUCCCUGACCCAUAUUGCACUUUUUAACCAUGUGAUCUGUCCUUGAAGCACCCUCAGUCAAAGUUAGAAAUUGCUUUAAUGAGCCAUCAUUAUCAUUUGAAGGUAAUCUAAGGAUGCAGUACUAAUACCAAUGGCUAAUACACAAAAAUGAGCUUGAUCGUUUACUGGACAAUUUUUUUUACAAUAUAUAGGAAAAAUGUUCACAGAUUUGUGGAUAUAAGACAUCUUUGUACGUGUAAAACAAUGCUCUUUAACAGUGUCACUGCAGCCAAUGUAUUUACAUACAUACAGUAUAUCCACUGGAUAUUAUGAGCUAUAUAUAAUAUAAUAAUAUAUAUUCACUGAUGCCACCGGUCCUAUCAUACAGUGUAUUACAAUGCACAUUAUUCCUAUUGCUACAUUAUAGUAACAAAAAGCAAAAUGGACCGGUAAAUCAAGACCUAGAGUGAUGCAACAUGAGAAUGAUAUGUACAAAAAGCGAUUUGUAAAGAAUUGAAUAAUUUUGCGUAAUUAAAAGAAAUUAAUCAUAACCUGGAAAAAAUACACAUUUUUCAAGUUGACAGUUUUCUCCCACUACUCCCUUCCCCUACCCAACAUACACAUACACACACACACACUCUCACACACACACACACACACACACAGCAAGAGUAGUGGGCAGAAAUGGAACAUAAAGUGAGUCAGACUGAGUCACAGUCUGACUGACAGGCAGGUAAUGGGCAAGGUCUUCAAAGAGAAAACAGCAAUAAAAGAAAAAUUUUGGCUGAACGCAGGCAGACGUCUGGGAUUGAAGAUGUGGAAGCAUGGCUACACUAAACCUUAUGAUGCAUGUAUUGGCGCACUGCUUCAAAUGAACCACAACUCACACACAUAACAGAGGCAUAUUGUGGGAACAGUUCUUACAAAACAUUCAGAAACUUCAGCAUUUCUCACAUUUGUAAUCAGCCCUCCUUUUAAAGCCUUAAGGAGGGCAGCUUCAUUUCCACUUAAUUUUAAGGCAGGUGACAGGCAGGUAUUAGCACUGACAGUGGGAUACAAAUCCUUUCAUUUGGAAUCUUUAUACCUUUUGUCUAAUAGUCUAUUAAGUCCAUUAGCUUACGGUGUGGGAGAUUAGCUUGUGUGGAUAAUGUGCCAAAUUUGACAAAUAGGCAACUAUACUGUGUGUCUCCUGAUAAUAGCCAGAGAAGGGCUUAUGUGAUGAAAAUUAAAUGCAUGCCAUUUUUUAUGUUGCUUUAAUGUGAAUUUGUAUUUAUCUAAAGAAUGAAAAAGGAAGUCAGUUGAGACAAAUGAAAUAUGUCUCGCCGUGACUGAUUUCUUGGUCAGUCUUCACACUUUAUGAGGCAGCUCAGGCAGGCUGAGCGCUGCCAACACUGCCUUUUCAACUGCCAAGCACUCUUAAAAAAUAGUUUUAAAAAAUCUCAAAAUUAAUUGUCUUGUAUGUUUAUGCUGAAAGCAUUCACUGACAACUAAAAGUCUUCAUCAGAAUGUAGCAAACUACAAAUGUUUAUCUGUAAUAUGUUUUUACAUCUCUAAUUGAAAAACCAUGCUGGUAAAACCAUGCCUGUGAGCUAUUCUAAGCUAAAAAAUACACAUGUAGUCUGCACAGGGGUGGAUUUUGAAUUUCAUUAUCUUUUUUGAGCUGGAUAGGCAUUUAAGGUUGAGAAACCUCUGGUACUUCAAAAUAAUGAGUUUUCCGAGCAGAAGAGCAUUUGAAAAUCAUGUAAGUAAGCCAAAUUGGGCAAUGGUUUGCCACCUGAUUGGAGCCUGUUUUUCAUCUUUUUACGUACACACACACACACACACACAAAAAUAGGAAAAAAAAUGUUUAUUUACACUGACACAAUAUGCAUUAACUCUGCAAGGUUUAGUUUCCAAAGAUGGACAAAGGACUUAAAGAAUCUGUGAAAUAUCUGUGAAUUUUGUACACUAUAUAAAAAAAAAUGCUAAGGUUAAAAAAUGCUUCUAUGGAUGUUUUAUACUCAGCCUGAUCUCUUGAUAUGUCUGUGUGUUUCUCUAUUUUCAGUUGGCUGUUUGUUUAUUUUGUUUUGGGGUGGGGUGGGGGUGGGGAGGUUAUUUGGAACCAAGGGACUGACUUUUAGUACUUGCAAUGAUAUAUGUUAUAAAAGGUUUAAGAACAGAGAAAGCUUAACAUAGUGUACUACAUAAAAGAAAAGUUGUUAUAUUUGCAUGAUUCCCUGUAUUUUCUGAGAGACAAAAAUAUAUUGUUGUGUACAAUGAGUGGACGUACAUUGAAAUCAAAAGCUGUAGGGGCUGAAAUACAGUAUUGUCAAGUACCUUUGAUUUGAACAUUUAGGUUUUAGCCGUUUUUUUAUUCUCUGUGACGUUUUAUAUUUACAUUCUUACAUAUUAGUUUUCAUUUGGGUGAUUGUAUUGUAUACUGACACUGCAGUUACCAUUGCUUCUCUUCUAGCCACAGGCUGGUAGAGUGUGCAGAGGGGGUACAAAUGUCUGAGGCUGGUGGGUGUUUACAUUCAUCAGUUAUGAGAAACGGCACUCAAUUCCUCUCCAUUACAAAGAUUAUUCUCCAUGGCAGACAUGCAACGCUAUCUUCUUUGGCUUGAGGCGGGGCCCUGUCACAGAUUGUGGUUGUAUUUUCUCUUAACUCAGCCUUCUCUUUUAUGGAAAAGAUGCCACGCAAGUUUUUCUGGUUAAAGACAUAACACAUGAGAAUACGUGUUCAAAGACGAGUGUGCUGAAGUGACACAAUCACACACACCGUGAAAUGUCUAAUGGUCUUAACCCAAUCCCAAUCCACAGGCAAAUCAAUGCAGCAUCAGCAGCUUCUCCCUCAGCCUCAGCCCACUCGCUGUUAGCUAAAUCAGUGAAUGUCAUUCCCCAUCUUCUGCUCUCAGAGACUGCUGGUUUUCUAUCCAACUAGUUAAAUGAAUUCACCUUAUAUCCAGCCAACUGUAAAUCAGCCUUUUAUCAUCGGUCUUCUAUUACACACUUCUUCAUUAUACAGUCUUUUUAUGUGCACAGAAAGGAAUGGAUAGUUGCGCCUCUGUAGAAGUUAAAACUAUGUUACCUCUAAAAUUGCGCUCCUCAUAAUUUCUAAUUCACAGCAUUCAAAAACAUCUGAUAUUCAUUUGUUUUUAGAUAAAUGAAAUUCAAAUGAAUAAGUAUGACCACAGAGAUAAACAAAUUAAGUAUAAUUGGUUCCACUGGACGGAGUAGAGCCUUAAAAGGAGGCAGAGGCUUGAGUACAUUUCAUUUGGUACAUAUCCAAUAAUGUGUUAGUAACACCUACUGGAGCUCUGCUGAUACAUUAGUUAUAGCAUUAGGAUCCAUGCAAUGACAGCAGACCAUAAGUCAUAGCCAUGUUACAUUCUGCAGUGAUAAUACAAGACUCUCCAACUGUGAUAUAUAGCCAAUUUUGUGGCGCCACCUGCGCCAAAACAUUAAGAGGCCUCCCUGUGUCAAUUACAAAGAGAAAGUAAAAUGCAUAAACCUCUAGGCUAAAUCUGCUUCUUAGCUUGUCAACAUGGACAUGCUGUAUUAUAUUAUUAGCCAGUUUAUAGAGUUAUAUAUUAAUUGGGUAAAAUUAUACUAUAAUCUGAUCUCUUAUCUCAGAUGCAGAGCAGUGAAACUUGAUAAAAGGUCCCAUUGCAGUGAGAGCAGAUGCAUUUCAGUGUCUGAAGCCCAUGAUUCUGAUCAAUGUUAAUGUUUUCUGUGCUCACACAUAGCAGAGUCUGGGCAUCCAUUGCUAUUCCAAACACACAAGCCAGUGCUUGUGGUACUCCCAAAGCCAGAAUGAUUGGCCUUGUCAGUGCCAGACACUAAAAACUCAGCGGCUUCCAAAACUGGCUGUCAAUUCAGAGAGAAGAGGCAGGGAAGAGGGCCAUCCCUGACUCAUUGAGGAAAUUAAAUGUCAGAGGAUUGAUCUAUUCAAAAGCUAAUACUGUCUUGGCCUUGCAGCCACAAGUAUUCAAGGUUCAUGUACACAUAAUGUAGAAGAUCUACUAUCAAAUAGACAUGAUGCAGAACUUUGCACUUAAAUCAAACUAUUAUUCAGUGAGGAUUAGGGAUAUCAAAACCUGCUCCUUCAGUGAAUUUGCGAUUUUAGCUCUAAUCCCUUGAAGCUUAGAUACAACUUUCCAUAACUUUUUGGUAUGUCACUGGACAAUGUGAUUUGAUACCAAAACCACACCUAGGAAAAGUACAAUGCAGAUUUUUGAUAUACAAUGUAUUUCAGCAGUUGAACCACUGCAUUUCUUUUGCGAGAGAUUUAGUUUAGUGAUAUAUUCAUUUUCCCUUUUCAUUCUAUUUUUCCCACUCACAAGGAAUUGAGAGGAGAGGCAUUUCACUGAGUUGCAGGUUAUGCCAGCUGAGAAUAAAUAUAAAUAGUAUGAAUCGCCCCUUUGAAAAAUAACAGUAUUUCUGUUAUCCUGCCCAGUACAACACAACCAUGUAAUGUACUGCAUGAAAUGUACUGAUGUGCUAAAGUAUAACCACCAUCUGUGUGAGCCCUAAGGCCAGUGGCCAAAGCAAAUUCUCACAUCAAUAUCAUGUGAUUUUAGUUCUUAUUCGGCUAUGUAUGUAACGUGUCAAAAUACGGCUCUUGCCAGGUUGACAGUAUUGAGAGAUUGUUCUGUCUUUAAAGGCAAGAGCUAAAAGGGCCAUCACUGUAUCAAAUUAAAGGUCCCAUGGUCAUAUUCUAUUCAAAUCUAAUGUGACUCUCCCCUCUGGUUUCAGCUCUACACUUAUUGUUACUGUUUAGAGACCAAAAGGGAAAGACAAAACAAAGGUUUGGAUGAUGGGAAAAUUUCUUGGCUUUUUUUCUUUCUGUAAUUAUUUGUUGCUGAUAUUGACAUUUUUUCCCUUUGCGAUUUCUGUACAAAAGAUCUAUUUCUAUAUUUGCAAUAAAUUUAUAAUUAAAAAUGAAA